AAAUGUAAAACAGACGCAGGCCAGGCUGCUCCAGACAGUGAAAAAUUACUCGCUAUUAGCAGGAAAGGUGAUUCCAGCGCGCCAACCAAUUGAAUUGGUGAGCUCACAAUCUGGCAAAAAGAAGGGGAGGGUUCGGCUGUGGAAUCUAUCGGGGUUGCUUGCAAACGGAGGCUGAGACUGGGAUAUAAUUGGAACCAGUAUGAAGAGGAGCAGUGAGCGGAGGUAGGAUCGGCAAUGAUGCCUGCAACCAGAAUAGAGGAACCUGGGAUUGAACCUUGUUUCGGCAGCUCCUUGAAAAUCCAUCUGUACAUCUAGCAUCCUCCUUGGGAAACGCUACUGUAUGCAGCCUGUCUGCAUGUUGGAUUAAAGAAAAUUAGCUUUCUCUUGCUGUAGUCUCCUCACAAUAUUGGUUAUUAUUGAUAUUUCACCCUAGUCUGGCAGCUUUGCUGCUCAUCUAAACACAGAUGAAUGAAGACCCCAUUCGGGAAGACAUCAGGCCAGAGAUCCAGAGCUGAUGCAGUACAGUGUAUGCAUGAACAUAGACAAUGGCGACUACCCAAAGACCACAAUGAAAUCCAACAUUCCUGAUGGUAGCCGCGAGUUACAAGCAAUCUGUAUUACAGGACUGCCUAAUAUUCAUCUUCAGUGUUUCAGGUGGCAUGUUGUGCUAUUUUGGCUCUCGCAUUGCAGGCAAAGUGGCGUUGCUGUUCAAUAAAAGCUAAGAAGGCCCCAUUGAACAAACAAUGCUGAGAUAUUUAUAUUUUGUGCCUAAAAACUGCCGUCUUUUGAACUGUGACCAAAAUAUUUAUUUUAUGUAAUUUAGUUCCCUUCUCAUUAAUUCAGCCGGUGCCGAGGCCCAAAUCUGAUUUUUUGUUUUUGUUUAAGUUUUUGCUGCAAUCGUGGAGUUCCAUUGUGUUUCAGUGGGCCAUUAUACACUCACAACUACAGAGGCUCUCAAACGGAGGUUGAACAGACAUGUUUAAUUUCCCUCUCUGGAUGUCGGAUGCUGGUUGAUCCUGUUUUGGAGUACAGAUUGUGUUCUGUACAUAUUUAGAGGGGAACUCUCGACCGCACUACAAAGACACACAGGUGUUUCUGCAAGUAUGAUGAAGAAAAAGGGUUCCCACAAAAAGCAUCGAAAUAAUGUGGGGCCAAGCAAGCCUGUUUCACAGCCCCGGCGGAAUAUUGUUGGGUGUAGAAUACAACAUGGUUGGAAAGAAGGAAGUGGACCUGUGACACAAUGGAAGGGAACCGUUCUAGAUCAGGUUCCAGUUAACCCCUCCCUCUACUUAAUUAAAUACGAUGGAUUUGACUGUGUCUAUGGACUUGAGCUUCACAAAGAUGACAGGGUUCAAGGUCUCGAGGUUCUGCCAGACCGAAUAGCCUCUUCUCGAAUCAGUGAUGCACACCUUGCAGAUACAAUGAUUGGCAAAGCUGUGGAGCACAUGUUUGAAACAGAAGACGGAUCAAAAGAUGAAUGGAGGGGCAUGGUUCUAGCCCGGGCUCCAAUUAUGAACACAUGGUUUUAUAUCACUUAUGAAAAGGAUCCUGUUUUAUACAUGUACCAACUCCUAGAUGAUUAUAAAGAGGGUGACCUGCGGAUAAUGCCAGACUCCAAUGACACCCCUCCUGCUGAGCGAGAGCCUGGAGAGGUUGUUGACAGUCUUGUGGGGAAGCAAGUGGAAUAUGCCAAAGAAGAUGGCUCUAAAAGGACUGGCAUGGUCAUCCAUCAGGUGGAAGCCAAACCAUCGGUUUAUUUCAUCAAGUUUGAUGACGAUUUCCACAUUUAUGUCUAUGAUUUGGUAAAAACAUCUUAGGCUUACUUAAAAGAAGACACAAAAAAAACUUUGCCAAAUGUUUUGAACUUUUUCUCUGGACAACUUGAGGGGACAAAAUGGAUAUUUUGCUUUCCAGGCUCAUAGUAGCAUGCUGUUUCCGCCAGCCCACAAUCCCUGCCAUCCAUCCAGCUUAGUGUUGUUUCUUUCCUUUUUUUUUAAUUUUUUUUUAUUUAUUUUUUUGGCGGGGCGGGGGCAGGGGGGAGGGCAAUGCCCAACAUGAUGAUGUUAAACACAUAGGACAGAGGAACAUGCCCCAGGAGGAUGCAGUCUUCACACAUUGUUCUAAGAUAAGAAGUUAAUUCUUCAGGAUGUAUCUGUACAAGAUAAACCACUCCAAGAACAGAAAGUAGACCGAAAAUAACCAGACAGCAACAGUUUUCGCAGUAAGUUUUGGAGAAUUUAUUCUGGCAAAUCUAGAGAAACCUUUUAGUUUUUGUUAAUUAUGAUUUCAGUUUUGUUUUGUUUUUUCUCUUGCUAAAACUUUUUUUUAAUCUAUUAAAAAUGUCACUUUUUUAAAAUAUGAUUGUUUGACAUUUAAAUCCACAUCCUUAAAGGAUUAAAAAUAUCUAAUGUGGAAGCUUGCAAUCUGUAUUUGUUAAACUCAUUUUAAGAAUGCAAACACACUUCCAUAUAAAUAAUUUAAUAACUUAAGUUUGUUACAUCAGUUUAAAUUAUUUGCAGAUGUAAUAUUUUUGCCUUAAUUCACCUUAAUCUUGAAUUGAGAGAAUACCUUUUUUUGUCUUUACAAAAAAAUUCAGUGCAGUUCUGUUUUAAAUUAAUGAUAAUAAUAAUAAUAAUAAUAAUAAUAUCACCAAUAUCAUAACAUCAGACCAAUCUGGAAGGUUCAUUUCUAGUAUGUAUUCAGUGUAAUUUGCACCAUUCUAUUUCUGAAAGUUACAAAAAAGUGUAAUAAAAGGGGUAUACAUUAAAUAAUUCCACAUAUCUUGCCUGUCAUUUCCAUUUGGUCAUUGUUAGAUACAUUUGAAAUUAUUAGAGAUGCAGUUUUGAAACAUGCACAUUAUAGCAAACCUGUAUCACAAAAGUUGGUACCACACUGGAUUAAAGAAAGCUGCUUGUAUUCCUUGCUUCAAGACAGCUUCCCUUCCCAGGUCAGUGUUUCAUCAUCAGGGUAUGUAACAUCAAGAAUGCCUGCAAGUAUGGCAUGAAAACUGCUUUCCUUAACCUAGUAUGGUGCUGGAUAUCAUUUAAGUACUGGUUUUAGUUUAACAAGUGUUCUUUUAAAACUGUUUGGUCCCCGUUUUUAGUUUUUGAACCCACAAAAAAAUGCACUCAAAUCUAUAAUAGUUUUAGCUUU